AUGCGUAUGGAGAGGAUAGACGAAAAUGACCGCUUGGACAUGACGCAUCACAUGAUGCUUCUGCGAACGGAUGGAAAGCUGCAUCUAGCGCCAAUUGGAGAUCAUCCUCAACAGAUUCUGGACAUCGGUACUGGGACCGGGAUUUGGGCAAUAGAGAUGGUAGGAGACAAGUACCCGUCGGCAACGAUUUUGGGCAACGACCUAAGUCCCAUUCAACCAACCAUGGUGCCUCCUAACGUUCGCUUUGAGGUUGACGAUGUUGAGAAGCCUUGGCUGUUCGAUAUGGCCUUCGACUACAUCCAUUGCCGCUAUAUGGCCACUGCGAUUUCUGAUUGGCCUGGGCUCGUCGCUCAAGCAUACAGGUUUACCAAACCUGGCGGCUGGGCCGAAUUCCAAGAUUUUGAUCUGCAGUACUACUCCGAAGAUGGGUCGCUCAAGCCAGAGCACCAGGUCCUGGCAUGGAUCAACAACCUGCUGGGUGCAUCACGCAAGGCGGGCCGGGAACCUUGUCCAGGCCCACAGCUGGAGAAAUGGAUGAAAGAUGCAGGGUACAAGAACAUCCAUCAUGAGCGGCUUAAACUUCCUAUCGGAACCUGGCCAAAGGACAAGUACCUGAAAAAGCUUGGGGCAUGGAACUUCAUGCAGAUCCAGGAGGGUUUAGAAGCCUUCACUUUGCGAAUCUUCACGAAAGUCCUCGGCUGGGAGGUUUCGGAGGUACAAGUUAUGCUAGCCCUGGUGAAAAAUGAUCUGAGGGAUCCGAGCAUCCAUGCUCAAUUCGAUUUCCAUGUCGUGUACGGCCAGAAGCCGGAAGCUGAGUAG